CUGUACGCACGUUGAGUGUAGAGGGAGAUAUAUGCUAAACAACAAUGUCUUGUUUUGAAGUUAAAUCAGCACUAAAACAAAGCUAACUCAUGCGAAAUCAGGUAAGUUUAAAGUCUCGUUUUUUAACUGAAAUUCUGAGUUGAUAUUUUCCUUAAAACUGAGCCCAUAUUUACUUUAUUCCGCCUCAAAAGGUUUCCUCGUGUUAAUUGAUGUAUACAAGUUUUUAAAUUUCACUGCACGAGAGAUGCACUAAGAGUCCGGCUUUGCAUUCUGUGGUUCUUUCCUCGAAUUAAGCUGUUUUUUUGGUUGCAUGGCCAGGUUAAAUCGCCACUGAUUACAUCUAUACCUUUUUCAAACCCCAGCUGACUCAACAUUUCUGACCCAUUCAAACGGUGAUAAUCCGUACGUGGUAAAAUCAAUAAAUGGCUUCUUAAUAUGAUCUAACCGCUUGAAUACGUUGAAUUCGCUCAUAACUUUCAACAUUCAGUGGUUAAAGUUCGGUUCCUCCCGGCCCUAACGCCGAAUAAAGUAAACUGAACGAAGAAACUGAGUUUUCCUAAUUUUAGCUGCAGUGACAAGACCAAAUAAGAAAACGGCGGGGCUAUUCAGGGUAUCAUAUCCGAGACUCUCCGCAUUCUAAAUUUAAUUCCUUUAUUUCCCGCCGUAAACGCGCGUGAUUCCAGAUAAAACUGUAUUUAGUUAGUUUCCCCUUAAAGAAAUUUUAAAAUCGUCUUUAUCCGUCAUAAUGUCCAGUUUUCGCUUGAAAAACUAGGCCGUCUAUUGGACUUGACGUACAAAUAAUGGAUGUUAAAAGCAAGUGUUUCACUAUAAACGGUUUUAAAAUUUAGAAAAUAAAUGUUCUUGCAAUGCUCACUGCUGUAUUUCGUAGGUAUCUUGGGCACAUUUGAUGUUAUUAUGUGCAGGAGGGAGCAUUACUUUUAAUACUCAGAAAGCUUCUUUUAAAUCACUUAAUUGAAGCUUAAAAGAUAUAGACGAAAAACGUGUCCAGUCUUAUCGAUGUUGUAGCUGCAGGCAAGGGAGAUUUCGAAGAAAUGCGAAGCAAAAUGUUUAAAAAAGUCUUUGCGACGACUGGUAAUAUUCGCUUGAACUUCUAUGAGCAGCUGUAUUUUUGUUUUUUUAGUAGCUGACGAUUGUUUAUCUGCCCACGUUAAUGGUUCGCCCUAAAAUUUCCAUGGACAUUUUACAUUGCACUUAUCUCGGUUAUGUUUUUCACCUAUACUCGCAAACUUGCCGUGCGUGUUUUUAUUCGCUGAAAGUGAAAAACAACUAUCAACUUUAUUGACCCGCGAUAAACUACCCGCCCCCAAGUCGGCAUUUGUUUUUGAAUCUUGAUAAACUUUAUGUUGUUUUGGCUCCAUGGCUGAGAAAAGUGACAUAUUCAUUUUUUAUGCUAUUUUUAUGCUUUCAAUAAGCACAUGCUAUAGUGCCUUAUAUUUGGAGUUUCAUCAAUAUGUCAACUGAUAUAACAUGCACUCAGAAACUGUGACCAAACGUGUUAUUCCAUUGUUUGACGCUUUUGCCUUUGUUUUUGGCUCUGACGUGCGACCAUUCGCCAGUAAAAGAGGAUAAGUGUAACGUAGACCAUACUAAACAAAAAAGAUAUGCUAAUUGAUCAUUCUAUAUAGCGAUCUUUUUGUCUUUAUAUGUAGUAAUUGCACAAAAUAGACUUAUCAGCAGUUGUUGUAUUAUUCAACGCGGGUUUCCCACUUCCCUCUACCAUUUCCCCAUUAUUUCUAGAAAAAAAAAAUCUUGAAAAAAACAUCUAUCACGCAUGUUCAGUGUGAUUGUAAACAAGCCGAACAAGAAUAACUUAAUUUCGACUGACGACGAUUGCUCUAAAAUCGCAUCAUUAAAGGCACUAAUUAAAACUCUUGAACCUGUGAUUAUAUGUGGAAAAGAAACUGUGGAGCAUUUCAACGAAAUGAAAUAAUAAUCUAGGCUUUUCAGCUGGAGAAGUGUCUUAAUGAAAAGGGCCCCCACUGUUACGCUCUUAAGAUGAUUAUUCACACCACUUAGAAAUCUAACACGCCAACACGCGGCAUAAGUUGUUUGGGCUUAAGAUCGAUGGAUUAAUUCAUAUUCAAAGUCAUUAUUUACAAACCACUGAGUCAUUACUAUAAAGACGGCGCUGCGCUCUUAACACGCGGAAUUUCGUAGUUGGAAUGAACUUCAUCACAAUUCAUGACGGCAUUCACUAGAACAAGGCAGCUCCAUUCAGUCACACUGAUAACGUCCAUGUUUUGGUUCAUUCAUACUACCCCAGCUUACAUGUAUUACAUUCUGAUAGCCUGUUAUAGGCGUCUAGAUAGGAGCGCGGUCAAAACAACAAAUACAGGAUAUACAGCGAGUUUCCUUUUUUUCAGUGCGCACACGCAACUAUCUAAAAGCCUGGAACAGUCUAAUUUGCUAUAACAAUCAUUUUAUGAAUAAGCCUUUUUUACAUUUCGACGAAGUUAUAAGAAGAAGAACAUACACAGACGUCAUAUUUGCCGUAACAUGUAUUGUACAAAAUGUUCAGCACGCUGCAUAGAUUUCUUAUGUUUAUGCACAGUGCUUCAAAUUUGUGAACAAAGCCAUAUGAAAUUUUCUUGAGUUAAAAGGUUACCUUAGUAACAGUUAAACCUAUCGAAAAAUCCCUCACUUAUUUUAUUCACACACGCCUCAGCUUAUCACUACAAAAAAGUGUUAACGGCAACCUUUACUUGUGUCACGUCGUUUCACCGUAAACUUAGUCUUUCCUUAUUUUUCGAUUUUAGCGCGAAAUUAUUCUAUCGCACGAGUCCCACAAACUCGUCAGCAAAACCUUAGACCGGACAAUGACCAUGCAUUAAACAUUCUGUACUAUGUAUAUCAUGGAAGACACAAGUAGAAAAAGUAAGAAAUUAUUCAUAAAAGACUUGCAAAUACCGAAAACUCCUCUUGGGGCACCUGUACCCAAAGUUUAUUUGCUUUUAAAAUUUUGUGUUAAUUUUUGCCGGCGACGGAUGACUUUCCUUUAAGACCUGAUGCGUUACCGUGCAAAAGGUUUGCUUUCAAUGCCACCUGGUUGGCGGGCAAACACUGAAAUAAUUAAAAAUCAAUGAAAUAAUUAUGCGCAGGAGCCUGGAUAACAAGUAAUUGGCAUGUUUUCCAACUAAUUAAAAAAUUUAUUAGCCCUGGACAAAAAUCAGCUUGGGAAUUUAUUUUACAGGUCAAAUUUGAUUUCAGGUUAAUUUUGAUUUAACCUAGGUUGAUUCUAAAUUUUCUUUGUUUCCUAGCCCUAAUUAUUCAUUAAUUAGGGAUAGGAGACAAAGUAAAUUGAGAAUCAACCUAGGUUAAAAAAGUUUAACCUGAAGUCAAAUUUGACUUGUAACAUAUACUUGGAAUCCAUGCAUACACUUAUGAAUGGCAUUUAAGAAAUUAAAGUCCAUACACCAUUUUCGAUAUAUUAAAAUUCCUCCUUGGCUCCGAGGCUUGAGGGGAAUAAAACAAAAGAAAUCACCUUGGGGCUGAGCAAUGAAUAAUGCAUUUCUUUUGUCUUAUUCCCCCAAGCCUCGUAGCCAAGUAUGAAUUUUUAAUAUAUCGAAAAUGAUCUAUUAUAAUAUUUCUUUCGAUUCCUAUGUUUUUAUGGACAGAGAAUGUUGUACAUUGGAUAAGUUCAAAAAGAAAUUCUUUACGAACUAGGCAUAUAAUAGGCUAAUUAAGGAAAAGCAGCAGAGUUUUAUAAAAGUCAAAUUCUCCUUUCAGUCCUUUGUCUUCUUUAAAAAAACUGGAAUCUGUGAGAUGAUUGAACGAAUUCAGAACCCUUUAAUAACGUAGGUCUGUUAAUGCUUGCGCUAUAUUUUGGCUAAAAUGAUUUCAAAUCCAACCGAAAACCGUUUCCUGCGGAGAACCAGAAUACAUAGAGAAUAAUACAUGGGGGCGCGGAGAGGUCAAAUUUAUCGUUGACUGUUCAACUCGAUUCGUUCACUAGUGAGAUAUAAUCACGUCAAAUAGUCAAGACGUUAUCAAAAAGUACACUGUAAAAUGCAUUAUGAAGUUGACACAAUCUAAGUCUUUCAAAACGGCUUAAUAUAAGGUAAAAGGAAACAGCUAUAAAGAGAUGAGCAAAAUUGUUCAAUAUAUGGGACAUAUGUGUUUGAUACGAUAUGAGAUCACAUGUAUUCUGGUACGACAUUUCUCAGUGGCCGAAAUCCCAACAAGUCACUAUCGUGUAUAUAACUAGUAAUAGUUGACCCUACAGCUGCCCCGCUCUGUAUAUUGUCGGUCAAUAGCAUUUUUGCUCGUUGUGUAGCUCUUUGAAAUAUACCGAUUCAUAAGGAAGAUUUUCACACAUAUUCCAGACAAUAGGUGAGAUAAAUACAGGAAACGCAAGGUUCUAUAGGUCGAUUUACACAGCUUUGAUCAAAACAUUCUCAGUUUCUAAACCGUAAGAAAAAAUUUAAUUAGAAGUUGAAUUUUUCGCUAUUUCUCUUUCACUUUUUACAUUCAGUUCAUUUUAUUUGCCGGAAAGGAAGCCUUUUAGAAAUAAAAAGGUCGUUUGAUCAAUUCACAUUCGCGCAUUCUAUAGUCUUAUUUUAGACUUUAUAGCAGAAGGACAUCUGUGACCAGGGAAUAAGUCAGCAGAGAAUUUGAUUGUCGGCGAAUUUCUGUAAUCGUCCAUCGUUCUGCUAGUGAGAAGCUAGCCGUUGUUCACUCGUCUUGCUUGUUUGGGGCUGAGUCUUAUUCCGGUCAAAGAGAGAGUAAGAGUGUCUGGCAAGGUUUCCAAUGAAAGAUUUGUGAACUCGUGUCUGGCAAACUCUCCAAGUGUUUAUAUAUACACAGUUAUACGCACCUUAUAACUUCUUCUGCGCUUAACGAGUGUCGUUAAAAUUUUGGUCCAUUAACUUUCCGAACUUUCAGUGAAACAACUGCUCCACAGAAUGUCACUGAUAACACGUAACGCAAAAGAGUGUCGAAGUAUGACUGCACAACAAAUGUCACAAAAUCUACCUAAGCGGUCCCUUGGGGAUGUUCUGUCUUUACGUCAUCCUAACCAUUUCGUAUUUGCGGGCGCAAACAAUAGAAACGUCAUCAUUACUUACCGAUUCCUCGCGGCCCCUGUUCAAGCAAAUCGAGAUUGACUGUAUGACUGUAUAUUUCAACUGUAAGUACUUUCCUGUUACUAGAGUGCCGCUCCUCGGGAUUUCGCCUUCUGCGGGGGCAAUAAAGCCCUUUAUAGCAUAUCAUGUGUGGAUGUCAGUGUGAUAAAGCCUCGAAGUGAUAUGAUAUCAGUUUCAUGGCAAUUACUGUGAAAUUCGAGAAAAUGUGACACACCAAAAAAAAUAAAUAUUUCUGGAAUGUUAUUGUGUUGCAAGGGAAAAGCCAAUCAGGCGUCAAAAAACUAAACCACAAGCAGCAACCGUAAAUAGUUUGAGGUUGGGUGGCUUGCUCGCAUGUCCUGAUCUUCGCUGUGAUUGGUCAUUACGCGGUAAACAUUCUUAAAAUAUAAGGUAUCUGUUCACUUUUCGCAUUGUCCAAUAAAGGAACUCGUUAUAAACUGAAAUCAGUUAGACCAUUCAUACUCUCUGGUCGUUUUAUCUUUGUUGCCCAGUGAUUUCGUGAUGAAGAAAUUAAAUUUCUACGGCUACUUCUUCAAAGCGGGAUGAAACCAAAAACACCAUAAAAAAAACAUGUUGACAGUAACAGCCAGUGGCUGUUUCUGUGAAUAUCUGUUCGAAGUAGCAAAUCAAUGCCUAGAAAUUUCCAUACCACUGCUCAAAGGCCAGUCUGUUCCCUUCACCUAAGAUCGGCGUUUUUCUGUCAAAUUUCCCACGAUUUUCGGGAAUCUGGUUUCACAUUCCCCAGAGAUGAUUAUAUUAUUCAGUACGUAAGAAAGGAACUCUUGAAUUUUCGGUUUCAAAAAUAUGUGACGAAAAAAGGUAUAAAAAACUACGAAUCAGGCAUCUAAGAUUAGAUUUUUCGGGAAAUAGAAAAUAAUAAGAAAACCUAGUCAGAAUUCGUUGGGACGAAUGCCGGAAUUUUAUAGCGACGCAAAAAGGCGUCCUUGGGUGCUCCUUUGUUGAAGACUUUUCUCAGGUAUCAAGAGACUACCAAAAUGUUCUGGUUUGUUCAUUAUUAACGACAUAUAUAAUAUAAAUCUUUGGUUUUAUGGCUUUACUACUUUUCUUUGUUUUGAAUCCUGAGGAUAAAUGUUCUGCUUACGUCAAUAACUCAAAGUGGCGAGGAAAAAGCUUACUUUUUAAUUCCGGCAAAUAAACGGAUGAGUUCAUCGUUAAUAAUCAGUCAUUUCCUGGAUCACGAAGCCUAAACAAGUGCCUUAGUCUUGCUGUACGUUCUAGUUUAAUCCUGGUGAUGGGUUUAUCAUAAGACAAGUGAAACUUCCGAACGAGAGCUCGUGAGAACAAUACCGUGAAAGAUGUCUAAAUGGAUUCUUUACCCUGGCAAUGGCACAGUCGGUCUAUCAGUUAUAAAUUAUUAUAAAAGAGAAACAGAUGAUUUGACUUUUUAAAAAAAAUUACCUCAGACUGUUACGUUAUAAGUCAAAAUAGAUGCAUAAUGACACGGCGGAUUUAAAAUAGGGGAAGUUAAUUCCCUGCUAGUUCUAGUCUAGUUGAAAAUAUUCAUUUAAUAUUUGUAUUGAAAUGGAAAACAAGCUGGACUCUGAAUGACCAAUAAGGCAUUGUGGGCUAGCCGAGCUAUUAAGGUAUUCGUACAAAACUCAGCGGGAUAGUAAAACAAAAUAGUGGAUAUCUUCUCAUGACAGAAAUAUUGAUUAUGCAUUGGGUAAGUCAGUAAUCUUAAGGAAAUGACGUAUGCAUUACGUCAUUCUAACAUUAUUGUUAGAGUUAGUCAGCAUGGCGCCCCAAGGCUAAGUAAGGCGUGAGCUAAAGCAUCAAGGAAUAAUUGUUCGAAAUUUUUAACGAGAAAUCACCAAAAGCAAUGAAACACUUGUGGAAACACAUUCGAUAAAGAAUAAAAAAACUGACGUAAUUUCCCAAGAAUAUUAUUUGAGACACUGAGAUAUAAACUGAACUGCAUUGUAAAAAGAUAAUAAAAUUUCAAGAACUACGUCAAAGCCGUAAAUAGACAGUUUUAUUAUAUAAACACCAAUGAAAUACCAGGUGAGCUUGCCCGCGAAAACUUGAUAUCUUCACAUGUGAAAAUAACAUGUUAUCUUCACAUGUGAAAAUAUCACCGUUGCUAUGGCUUCAUAAUAAAUCGCGCCUUUCACACCAAAAAACCAUUAAGGUGAAAUGGUUUGGUAGUUCAUUGGUGUUUAUAUAAUAAAUAGAACAUUACAUGGCCGCUUGGAGAUACGAAAUUUCUCUUCUCGCGUUAAAAAAAUAUUUCACUCGUUCGCUGCGUUCACUCGUGACAUAAUUUUCAACACUCGAAGAGAAAUUUCGUAUCUCCGCGCGGCCAUGUAAUAUCCCCUAUAUCUCCCCAAUUCAAAUUCCCAUUUUGCGGCCGACUUUUAAAUUAGCCCAUGGCGCCAAAUUAAAUUAAAGCAAAGGACAUGUGCGUACUCACUAAACACCGUUCGAUCCUUAUAUUUGUGAAUGCUUGUGACGUUAUUAAACAAAACCGCCGUGGGUGAAGUGUUUUAAAAUCCGGUAUAGUAUUGAAAUUUCAACAACCGCACUGAUCAAACAAACAUUUACUACCUGGGUUCCUCGGGGAACGACAUGAGCGCACCUGCGAAUCACAACUUUAAGGUAUUUUAAGACUCACUGUCCAGUUUUGGCUCCUAAGAAACCUGCGAUAAAAUCAGUUAAACUGGUGAUUUACAAAUAUUCAUAUUAUAAUGCUAACAUGGGGUUUUUAUGAGAUACAUAUCUUUUUUGUUCUUUUUCGAUUAAAAGUACAACUUAACACAAUGCAAGAUCUCAAAGAAAAAAAGGGCGUUAUCAGAUGAAGCUUUGGAGAGCAAGGUUGUCCAGGAAAGUUCUAUGCAUUCACAUGAAAAUAGGCACAGCGACGGAGUCACAGUUGCUGACUAUAGCAAAUGCCGAGUACAUAGUGACUGUCAAGAUGCUUUCAAAUUUAAAAUAUUUCAUCGAAUAAAUCUCAAUUUCUGACUUUCUUUUUCCCGACCACUUACAGGAAAUAAUUUUCUCCUCAAAAAUUUGUUUUUCAAACUUAUUUUUUAAAAAAAACUUAAGCUUAUAGUGAUUCUUAGGAAAAGAAAUUAAAGAAAAUAACCAUCAUAAGGAGGAUAUUAAAUAAGAUACAUUUUUUUGUGAUGUAAAUUUGUUUCAAAACUGCCAAAUAUGGCAUCUUAUUUCCCAAAGUUAAGGAGGUUAAUAUAACCACGGUUGGGCAUUAAGAAACAUUUUUUUUUGCCAAGUGCAUGUUUUCGUGUGCAUUAAGAUACAUUUUUUGCUAAGUAAAGUGCAUGUUUUCAAAGCUGGCAAUCUAAAACUUGCAACUUAAGUUCGAAAUUUAAACUGAGAAAGCUCUCUAAAGAUCUUCGUGCUCUUAUACUCUUCACUUCAACUGAAAAUCUGAGAGCUAAAAUUAAGAUUCUUGUGAAGAAAGAGGAAUAAAAAAAAAUAGAAAGUGAAAAAGAAAAUUCAAAAUAAUUAGAAAGUGCCGGACGCGGGCGAGUGAAGUACCAGUCAUUAUCCAUACUAGCUCCGCAGGCUGAUACAAUGUUUUCGAAGGUUGCUUUUUUAUAAAAUUAGAGCAAUUCUAUCGUGAAGGCGUGUGUAAUCUAUUAAAGCAGUAUAGAUGGUUGAGCUUUCAUUUGUUCUAAUCCGCGAUAAAACAAGAAAAGUGCAACACUUUCUAACUGAGAAUUAAAUAUAUGCAAUUCAAAAAGCUUAAAUAAAAAGUGUACAUGAAAUAAACAUAAAAAAACCUCAAAGUUUAUUUAAGCUUUAAAAUUUACAUGAAAAUUCACAGAAAAUUAUCGACUGAACAGAUAGACUGUUAAAAUUAAGUUUACUGAACGAUGGAUCCAGUUUCAUUUUUGGGACCAAAAGUUUAGAAUUUUUUUUAUAAUUUUCCUUAACAUAAAAAAAGAGAUUUAGAAACCUCGUGGGCGCGAGAAAGGAAACGUUUGUCUGUUUGUUUCUUUACUUGUAAGUGCUUAUUUCCUUGGAGAAACGAAAUUUGCGGAUGUAGAUUAUAGUAAAAAAUAAACAGCUGCGGCAAUUACAAAAAUACCACGUGGGUUAGAGCAGACAAUAAGACUCAUAUCUCAUUUGUCAAUGACCUAAACACCGUCUAAAUUUUCGAUAAACUAUUAAACAAGAGCAGGAAUUUUAAUAGGUCAUAUACAUGCAUGAAUAAGUUAAGCCAUAUUGAAGCGGCAGCUGUAAAUACAGUCUUGGCCAUUGAAUAAAUCUUUGCACGUACAAGGUCAGCAUUUGCAUUCGUUUCUAGAAAACCUUUUAACUUACAUGCAGAAUUUCAUUUAUUUGUUUAGUCUCUGAAAACGUGUAGUUUGUCCCCGUUUAAUCAUCGUAAAGGUUCGUUGUCCUCCUUAUAAAAGUACGACGAAAUUCCCUGUUUUGAUAUUGAUAUCCAGGUUAUUAGACGUAUAUCACCUUGAUUGAAAGGAAAUUCAUUGAUAUCAAAAUGGUUAGGAGAAUGACGCUGCAAAAUGAGGCACGUUUCUGCUCCGUGUUGGUUCAAAGGCCGGUAAUUAUGACACUCAUCUUUAGACAGCACAACAAGCGUCAAUUAAUCCAAAGAGAAAUUUCUUAUUCAUAUUUAUUUUUAAACUGUUAUUUACAUUCAAAAUCAAUUUCAAAAUUAAUCGUCCAUCGAAAGACAAUCUCCCGUCAUUACUCACUGGAACAAAUUGUUUUGCUUCAUUGUUCAGUACAAGCCUUCUUUUUUCUUGUUAGUAUGAAAAUGAAAAUUUCUUUCUUUCUUUUUUUGUCACUUAUUAACACUUUUGCACUGUUUUUCUCCCGUAGAUUGCAGAAAAUUUGACAAACAUUUCUGCGGAUAUUAUUUCAGGGUUGAAUGACACAAGUAUGCAAGAACCCCUCUGGUAUACUGUACUUGCCUGGCUUUUCACUAUUUUAGGUUUUGUUGGUAACAGCUUCGUUAUCUUGUUAAUUUCUUCGAAGAAAAAACUAAUUCGCCGAAAAACAAACUGGUUUCUUCUUUCACUGUGUUUUGCUGAUCUUGGAGUCAGUCUAAGCAUGUAUCCUGCCAUGACUCUUUGCCACCCAAGCAAGCAUUGCCGUUUUGUUUUGCUCGCGAGCUUUCAGUGGGCUUUCCUGUACUCUUCGGUGAUAAACCUGUGUUUGCUAACAGUGGACCGAUACAUUGCAAUAGUGAAACCGUUUAUGUAUGUGCUGUUAAUGUCGACUUUUCGUGCCGUGGCCUUCAUUUGUGCUGCCUGGCUUAUUCCUUUCACGCUCAGUUUCCUUCCCUUUACGUUCUUGUACAGCCAACAGGGAAUCAUUGCAAUGAAGGGCUACUCUUACCUCAUGAUUGUGGGGUUUGAAUUUAUUCCCACGCUCACUCUGCUCUUGGUAACAUCUCAUCUUAUCUUCAUCGCCAGAAAACACGCUCGCGAGACGGCGUCGGUGAUGGCUCAGUUACGGUACAACCAACCAAUGACGGAGAGCAAUAACGUCGCAACCUUGCGGCAUGAUAACAGAAGACGAUCUUCAGUAAUUUUCAUCGUCUCGAUUGUGGUCUUCUUCAUCUUUUGCUAUUCGGCAACGAUCGCUCGGACCUGCUGUGAUAUCUUUACCCUUUGUAGCUAUCCGCGUGCGUUUUACAGGGCGAGCCAGCUACUCCAGAUUGCAAACUCCGCAUUCAAUCCGCUCGCGUACGGAUUUCUGAAACUUGACAUCAAAGCAGAAGUCAAAAAACUCCUUCGUAUUGCCACUGAUGAUGACCGGUCGUCCAUGCAGUUGGAACAGAGAUAAGCCACAUCUCUGGCACUAAGUGAGAAGAUACCACAAAAAAGCGAGCUCUGCUUGGCUAGUUCAGGAUGUCUCACCAGGUUGUGCCUCAAAACUGAAAGAGUGGUCUUUUUUAUCAUAUUUGUUUUGUAGAAAAUCUCAAAGCAAAAUACAACCAAAUGUAAUAGGUCUGGAAUUUAAAAAAAGAUGACUUAAACAUCCUCUGAGCCCAGAAACGCCUUCACAGAACCUCGAGAGGUGGGCGUCAGUGUUCUUCCUAAAAUGAAACGAUAAUUACGGGAAUUUAGGUGCCAACAAAAAGGGAUCCCAUUUUCAGCCUUCAGGCAGUUUUAAGGGAAGGAAUUUCGGGAUUUAAAGUACAUGAAAGGGUAGGCAAAUCUUUCACUUAUAUUUCUCAAAGGUUGUUAUGUCUGAGUCUGUUUAAGAUUUAUUUAUUAGACCAGCCACCCAAGCAGUGGAAUGCAGUGUUACUUACUAUGUAUAUAUGUGUAAGAAAAGGGGUACCAUUUUUCAUGGGAGGCUAUACGAAAGGAAUACCUGUUCGUUUAAAAAAGGGAUGGUAAAAGGGGGUCGUUGGGCCUCUGGGCGGGGCCUCCCCGAGUAAAUAGGGAGCUUUAGCAUCGACGACUUUAACUGCAGCGACAACGUCAGUUUUAAAAUGAGUGACCGUUUUUUCAAUCUUUGUCGUGUUUAUUCCAAUUUGCUGAAAAUGGCAAGUGUAGGCGAAUUUCCCUGGAGUUGAUUUCUUGAGGACCGCACACACGUUUAGAGAGAGAAAAAGAGAUUCGUCGUCGCUUGUUUACGUCCUUCAUAAAACAUGCAAUUAGGCAUUUUCACGUCGUAGUCGUGCAAGGACGGUAAAGAAAUGUACAAAAAAGCGUGAUCACGUGCAAAGUUGUUGUUUUGCGUAAUAAACCUAUUGCUUUUUUGACGUCCUCUUUGCCGUCGCCGUCGUCGUUGCUAAAGCUCCCUAUUCUUUGUCGAGUACCCACCACCAAGGCCGGGAGAUGGGGUACAUCUUACAUUCCCAAGGUACCACUUCUUGAAUCAAACCCAGUUGCAUAGGGAGCCGGAGUGUCUGAGUUAAGUCUUAAACGAAAAAAUAAGGUAAAGCUUAUUUCAUGGUCAGUAUAAUAAUAUAUUUAUAAUAAUUUAUAAUAAUUCAAAAUGCAACAGUAAUAAAAGCAUGAUACGUCCAAAGU